AUGGCACAGUGGCGCGGGAAAGUUACCGUUAAUGGGGCAAGAAACAAAGCAGCUCUGCCGAGAAACCUGCGGGAGCGGAUUGCCCGGUAUCUCCACGAGAGUUUCCUGGAGAUCUCUGAGGGAGAUUCCCGUGAAAUUGCCUCCUCCUGGCUCGGUCCACUCUCGACUGGCAACGAAGCCAACGAAAUAUCCACAGGGGACUUCGCAGAGGAGAUGCCGGUGACCUUCGAGGAGGUGGCUGUGUAUUUCACCCAGGGGCAGGGGGCUCUGCUGGACCCCGCUCAGAGAGCCCUCUACAGGGACGUCAUGCAGGAGAACUAUGAGACGGUGACCUCGCUGGGAUUCCCCCUUCCCAAACCGGAGCUGAUCUCCCUCCUGGAACGAGGGGAAGAGCCGUGGGUGCCCAAUCUCCAGGCCUGCGAGGAAAGAGAGAUCCUGAGUGGUGCCCACAUAGGAUUUCCCAUUCCCAAACCUGACCUGAUCGCACAGCUGGAACGAGGGGAAGAGCCGUGGGUGCCCGAUCUACAGGCCGGCGAGGAAAGAGAGGUCCUGAGAUGCACCCGCACAGGUGCUGAGAUAGUCAGUGAGAAGGAGAAAGGGAAUCAUCAUGAGGAAGAUCCUGGGGAUGUGGAACCACAGCGCACAUUUAUGGGAAGAGCUGAAGGGAAUUUUUCCCAGUGCUGGGAACAGAGAGAAGCUUGUGGAAAUUGGCACAGGUCAGAGAGGCUGAUGGGAAACCACCCAGGGAAGAAAGUGGAUGAAUCUAUUAACUGUGGGGGAGGAGACAAGGAUCCCACAGCCCAGCGGACAAAUCCCAAGGAAGAGAAACCCUACCACUGCCUCCAGUGUGGGAAAGGAUUCAUUGUGAGACCACACCAUGUUACAAAUCAGACAAUCCAUACUGGAGAGAAACCCCUUCAAUACUUGGUCCCUGGGAAAAUCUUCAAUAUCUGCUCAGACUUUAAUAACCAAGGGAAAAGCCACAUAGGAGAGAAAUCCUAUCAAUGCCUCGAGUGCGGGAACUGUUUGAAUUCAGCACUAAUUACACAUCAGAUAAACCACACAGGAGAGAGAUCCCUUAAGUGCUUAGACUGUGGAAAAAGUUUCAUACGGAGGUCAGAUCUUGUUAAUCAUCAGGCAAUCCACACAGGAAACAGACCCCAUAAGUGCUUAGACUGUGGAAAGAGUUUCACACAGCGAUCAUAUCUUGUAAUACAUCAGAGGAUCCACACAGGAGAGAGACCCCAUAAGUGCUUAGACUGUGGGAAAAGUUACAUACAGAGUUCAGACCUUGCUAAACAUCAGGCAAUCCACACAGGAGAGAGACCCCAUAAGUGCUUAGACUGUGGGAAAAGUUACAUAUGGAGGUCAGAGCUUGUUAGACAUCAGGCAAUCCACACAGGAGAGAGACCCCAUAAGUGCUUAGACUGUGGAAAGAGUUUCACACAGCGAUCAUAUCUUUUAACACAUCAGAGGAUCCACACAGGAGAGAGACCCCAUAAGUGCUUGGACUGUGGGAAAAGUUUCAUAUGGAGGUCAGAGCUUGUUAAACAUCAGGCAAUCCACACAGGAGAGAGACCCCAUAAGUGCUUAGACUGUGGGAAAAGUUACACACGGCGGUCAGACCUUGUUAGGCAUCAGGCAUUCCACACAGGAGAGAGACCCCAUAAGUGCUUAGACUGUGGAAAAAGCUUCAUACGGAGGUCACUCCUUGUUAGACAUCAGGCAAUCCACACAGGAGAGAAAUCCCAUGAACGUGUGGACUAUGGGAAAGUCUCCGAUGAGCAGGAGGAAUACCCCGCGGCUCCCCAGUUCCUGCGGGCGGGGGAGAAAUCCCCCACACCUCCCCAGCCACCAAGUCUGAGGUGA